AUGGAGAGCAUUGAUGACCCCUUGACAGACAGCCAAAAAUCAUCUACCAACACCACCAACACCACCCUCCCAACACCACCAACAUCACAGCACCUCCACUCGAACCCCGGUCCCGCAAAAGCAGGAAGCGACACAAGCAGCUGCAGAGCACCGCAGGCCUCAUGGAGGCAAAGAGGUACAACAGAGAGCCGCUUCAUAUCCUUGAGAAAUCAUUUGAGGAUAUUUGAAUGGAGCCGGUGAUAUCAUUUAUUUUGUACAUCACAGCUUAAAGUUUAAUUUAUUUAUCAAGACAGGAAAUGAAAUAACACUUUCUAUAACUCUCAAUGGUUUAUUUUUAACUUUGAGAUAGGAGAUACUGCUAAAUCUCAGUUCUCGGGUGACUGAGUUUUGUCAUCGUUAUCUCCUUUCUGAAAUCUGGUGAAAACAUUUUUAAAUGACAUUUUUGAUUUCUGGGACUACAAACACAUAAUUUUCCAGCCUAAGAAAAAGAUGCAAACAAAAGGAAGUUCGAAAACACUCGCAUAUCAAGAUACAAUUUAAACAGCCGCCUGCUUGUUUGAUAUCUCUAUUUGGUUUUCUCGUUUUACAUCAGCUCACCAGCUCCCUAGUGUGUGUUUAAACACAGGAAAUCCAUGUGUGCAGCAAUACCAGUAAAACCCACCGGCUUAUUUUCAGCUUGUUUUGACUUUGCUUUAUUGGCAUGCUUUGAUAUUGUCUUUAAAGUACUGUGUCAGAUGGCGUCUGUGUGCUCAAAUAAACCAAGGCGCCAGACAGACUCUGAUAUUAAUGCAAGUGAUCUGGAAACACAGAAUAGCUAUGUAGUAAAUUCAACUUACACUGCAGUCAGAGGGAUGAGGCUGAAGUCAUAAAAAUGCCCAGUCUCAUAGAGGUUCAGAAAACCAGGCUCCUCUGUCGGUCAAUAUUGUCAUCUUUUAUGGCCGCUGUUAUUAUUUGCCUCCAAGAAAAAAUAUCUUGUCUGCCCGCUUUCCAGUCCAGACAGCAAGUCCAGUAGAUUUGACACUAUAAAUAGAAAUGCAUGCUGUGAACUCAGAUCGUCUUACAGUGUGUCAUAUAAGUUUAUUGCCUGUUUACGAAAGCAAAGAGCUAUCUAAGAUUGGAUUUAAGCAUUUGAUUCCAUGAUAUACUGCAGAAAGGGACACGCUCCCAUAUUGCCUCCAAUCAUCUGAUCUCAUCCAGUCCAAUGCAACACAGCAACCUACAUGAAUACACAAUAAGACGAGAUAUUAUCUCGACAUUACAUUGUGUUGAGGGUUAUAAAACAAACCAGUGACAUUGUGUUGUUCCAUUCUUGAAGCCAAUGUUGUUGAAGAGCAACGCUAAAUCUGUUCUAAUGUUUCCUCUUGAGCAUUCGACUUCCAAUCAUAUUGAAGCAUGUAGAUAGUGAGCUGUGUUUGCUUUGAUGUUCAGAAGAAAUGCAGUAUGAAAGGGUUGAUAAUGACAUAACACCCCAGAUAGCUUUGAACUCUCUCUUAAUGUGGAAUGGGGCCUAGUGUCUGGAGGCCUGUGCAUACAUGUUCAUGUGUUUUGAUCUCAAUAUCUGCUUCAGGCAUUAUCCAACUUCACAGCAUGUAAUGAGCAAUUUCCCUUUCCUGAUUAACCUGUGGAUCAUUCCUAACCUACAAGUUCACUUAUAAAUAUUCAUUACCAAAGCUAUUGUGUCGUAGAUCCAGCUGGAAGUGUGCAUGACUGCACAAGACUUAACAUAAAACAGCUAGGGCAGGAACAAGCAUUAGAAACAAGUAGUGUGUGUUGAUGCAAAAAGCAGUAGCACUUUCCAAUGACGGAUGAGCAGAGGGGCUUAAUUCCAUUAGCUGAUGUUUCAGCACUACCUUGCCGUCUUCCAGGAAUGUGAAAAUGAUUCAAUCAAUUAAUCAACUGCAUACUCUUAGGAUUUUGCAUUAUUCACAUCUAUCAGAGUCAAGAUAAAGAGUUUAGAGAAGCAAAGUGGAUCAAUUUUUCUUUCAUGCCGGCCUAUUUACACAUUAACUGUGUGUGCCACGAUGCUGUGGCAUUUUGAAGGCAGCCAGCGUGAGUUCACACAGAGAGGAAAUGUCAGGCUGAGGCCAUGUGUUUGGGCGCAUUGGCUCUACUCCUUCUUACUCCCAGCUGGAGAGCUACUACUCCAUAUGUGAUUUGUAUACUUCUCUUAAACGCUUGCAGCUGCGGCUGCAUGCGCCUUCAUUCGAAUGCACAUGUAAAAUGCAUGUGAAGGCCAGUACCAAUGCAUUCACUUUCUCAUUUAUACAUCAAAGCAUUUCAGCUUUGCCCAGAGACAGAAAGCUCUACUUAAGGUCCCCAAAAUAAAAUGUCGUUCCCUGCCCUCUAUUGAACGCUGCUGGGUAUGUAUCAAUAUGUAUUGAGUGGAUUGCCUGCUCGCUCCAUAACAAGAGAGAGCUGCACAAAUUAGACAUUUACACAGAUGGAUUCUCUCCAUGACUUUCCCUUCUGUUACUUUGACACCUGCAGCAGUUAUCAGUCUCACUCUGCUCUUGUUUGAACAGCCAGACCCCACUGUACUCAAAGUUUGCUCAUGUGUUCAAUAGUCAGAUGGGCUCUGCAUCACAUUUCCCUCAACUCUGUAUUCCACUGCACUAGAAUGUGAAAUAUUCUCUCAGUGUUAUAAGAUAUAAAAUAGAGUAAUAUGGUCGUUUCCUGAUAAACCCAAGGUAAUAAUCACCUAGGGCCUGUGAAUUUUAUUCAUGGGGCGAAAUCAUCUCAUAUUCAUCUGACAUUCGUUCCUCUUUUUUAAUAGAAGGCUUGCAUUUCCCUGAGAUGAGAUUUGUGUGUGAGAUUUAUGGGUAGCCAUUUGCCUCAGUGUGUGUGAGAAAAAGAGCAGCAUAGAGAAGUAUAAGAAAAUUACCAUAGUAGACAGACUGUGGUAGCUUACAUACACAACACCAUCUCUAUCUCUGUCAUCUAUUUAAAUCCACUCUCAUUCAGUUCCAUCCGGAGAUUUUUGCCUUUUUCGCACUGAUUCUGCCUUUUCUCCAAUUAUCAGUGACUUCAUGCAUGAUGACUCCUUACAGUGGUAACAUAGUGUCUCCAGAAAGACACAGCGCUGACACAGGAGCAGCAGAGUCCUCACAGUUUUCAAAUAUAUUUUUUGGGCAUUAUUUACCUUUUAAGAGAGAGGACAGAGUUGAAAUAUGAGAGAUAGAGAGAGAAGGGGGAUGACAUGAAGUACAGGGUCAGAGCUGGACUCGAACCUGCGACCGUUGCAGGGACCAUGUUCCCCAAGUGUCAGGCGCAAUUUAACCCACUAGGCUAUCUGCGUGCCCUAAGUUCCUGCAGUUUGACAAAUAUAGAAAAGUAGAAAAACUUUUUUUUUUUUAAUCAUUUAUCAAUAUCGAUAUCAAUAACGAACUUUAAAAAAAUAAAAAAUCAUUGAAUUGCUGGAUAAUGACUUUCUAGUUGACUCAAUAUGUAACCUAUUAGUUACAGUAUGAACUACACUUACAGGACAGUCUAAAAGAAACAUGUUUCUACUUUCCUGAUUAUAUUACUGGGUAAAAAAAUAAACAAAUAUUAAAAAUAUCUUUAUAAUAAAUUUUAAAAACAGGUAAAAUUAGCUGCAAAUGUAUUGGUAAUGAUAGUUUAAAUGUAAAUAAGAAAGUGGUUUAAUGCCAAUUUUAGCUUCUGCCUUAUGUUAGCAGCUAAUGUUAAGGACAUUACCUUCUUCUCACAUAACACGUUUAAAAGUUAGCUUGUGGUUGACCCUCAGUGAUGUCAAGCUUAAUCCAUGUCAGCUAUGGCUGAAUCUGACUGAUGUCAAUAAGAAACCUGUCCAAUAAUCUACAGCAGGCAAAUUUAUAGGUAAUGAUAGCAUGAAUGUUAAUAAGGAAGUGGUUAAAUGCUAAUAUUAGCUGCUACCGUAUGUUAGCUUUUCAGGACAUUACAUUUGUGUCACACCCUCAGUCAUGUCAAGCUCAUUCCAUGUCAGCUAUGGCUGAAUCAGAAAUAUGCCAAGAAGAAACCUGUCCAAUAAUCUACAGCAAGCACCGGUACAUAGCUAUUGGACUUGAUUAGACCCAGGAACUGAUGUAGCACUGUAGUACCCCCACUAACUAACCCUCAUGACAUGCAGCCAAAAAAAUUCACUGACCAAACAUUACAUGAUGCUAAUCAGCCAAGCAAAUAUUUUACCAGCAUCAGCAUAGCAAGCGAAACAGAGAUAUACUCACAGAAGGAUGAGCUGAGGACACUGCUAUAGACAUAGUGGGAGGGAAUGAGUGAGUCAUUUUAGUGGUAGACAUGGCGAGCUCCAAACUGAGGGUUCACUACAGAAACAGAGGGUUAGAAGAUCAAACUAAUCCUCAAAGGCAUUUUGAGCCAGUAUGUCUCUUCUAUUUAGAAACGGUGCCAGUUAUUUAAAGUGCCAAUGUCAAAUGAUCAACAGAUCCUUCAAGCAGUAGCCACUCACACACAGAGAGCAUAAAAACCAUCUGACUGCUGACACAGUCGUUCAUUGGCUAAUUAUGAGCAGAUGUUCACAUUUUGUGUCAACGUUAAAAUCUUUUAGCGACCCACUCACAAGGAAAUUCCAGCCUGAAUAUUAAAUGUCCACCAUUCUCACAGAACCAGAGGAAAAGCAAAGCAGCUGUGAAAGCUGCAGAAGUAUGAUGUGAUAAUCUUUAACCAAACAAGAAUAGAAAGAGAGUCAGACCUAGGGCUGGGGGAUAUGACCUCAAAUCAAGAUCAAAUUAUAUUGAGCAGUUCACCUCGAUAAUGAUAAAUGGACGAUAACUAUUCCACAAACUGCUCACCCCAUCCCACAUUAACUUAAUCUACUUCAGCCAACUUUUGAUCCGUCCUCCAUCUCCUCACCUGUCUUUCCCUCUUUGUUAUGGACUGGAUGGGGUGGAGUCCUGUCUCCCACAUAGGACAGUGUUUUCAAGGGACAUGAGACCAUAGCGUACCUACACACAUCCAAAACCAACCUUUUUUUUUUAAACCAAAUAUACCGAUAUGGGCAAAAUGAUGUUAGUUACUAUCGUAAAUGUUGAUACAGGUAAAUUUUCAGUUUAUCGCCCCGCCCUAGUCAGACCACACCUUAUCGUGACAUCUUUAAAGUUUGAUGAUUGAUUUUAAGAGCUUUUUUGUUCCAUUUAAUCAUCAGCCAUUCACUGGAAACUGAUAUUAUUAAACUGAAAAUAUAUGCUUUCAAUUGAUGGAAAAAUUCAGGGAUUGUGGCGCAUCUGCCCUUGAAAUCUGUUUCUCUUACCAGACCACCAGGGAUUUUAAUUGAUGGCUCCUGGGUAUGAGAUAAUUAGACUGGUAGUUUGGCUCAAAUAUGGAAUUUCAUGUGUCUUUUUAAUUGACCUGCUCAUGAAUCAGGAAGUAGGGAAACAAAAACAUUUGUUAGACAUGAGUACCUUAUAAAACUUACAACUCUGAAUACAACAGCACAGCAUCUGAGCUCCCAAUCUUGAAUGAUGUCAGAGGAAAAUAGCUGCUGUAUGAAUACGGUCGAUGGGAUUAAACACCUGUUGGAGCAGCAGUCACACUCAAACAUGCCCGUGCUUUAAGCUGUUCACCUCGGGGCCAUUUCAUGCCCGGCUUUUACAGAACCAUGACAUUAUCUCUAUUAAAGCCCCGCUCAUUUGUAUGUUUAUUAUUCCCACCGCAUUCAGACAUUGUCAUCUGUGAUACAUGCUAGUACUCCUUUCAACACCUGCCCCUUUCAUGGUAAUUUGCACCCUGUGAAAUCAUCACAAGUUCAUUAUAAUGAAUUAAGCUUCGGUGGCAAUGCAGUAGUCAUGUAAGGCAUCCCCAUCUGCAGCAAGUUGGCUGUGUAACUAGCGGGGGCCAGAUGGUGAGGAGGCUUCCAGAUUUGUCUUUCUAUGGUAGAUAAAUUGUUUCUCACUCUCUGCACUGCGAGACUUGCUUUGUUGUUGGGUUACACCCGCUGAAGAAUUGUAAAUAUUUGACAGGCAGAACAAAGAGAGAGUAAGCUGUUGAGUUUUUAUUUUUCCUCCUCUCACGAUGCCAUCAGAGAGCUGUAAUUAGCACCUCAAUGUGGUGGGGAGAAUUCUGUAUGCACAAUGCUUUAUAGCAACACACAUUAGUUUGCCCCUGAAAACGAGCGUUUGUACUCCGAAAGGAAAAGAUGAUGCUACUGAAAGAUGCAGGAUUUAUUUCAUUAGUUAAUUUCACAAGCUAGUUAAUUGUCUGCUGACCAGGAAGUGACAUUCAGCAUACAAGCAUACUCAUAUCAAUCCUGUUAUCUGUUUCUUGCCAGGAGGAGGAUAACAGACAAAACAAAACAAUCCGUAGAAAAUGCCAAACUUUUAAAUAAUAAAAUUUCUGCAUCAAUACCUCCUUAUGAGCAGUCCAACUUACCAGAGGGGUUUAUAAGACCUUGAGUCUAUGAGGACAACUGUGGGCUGAAACAAUCAUCACAUCUUCUCUCUCUUGAUUUCACAGGUCUCAUAACAAAGCCACAGAUGGGAAAACAAAGGAAGCACUGUUCAAGGGAUCGAGCUGUCCCCGGGACUCUGGACAAACUGCUCGCUGUAAAACACCCUCUAUAUCCUGUGACUGGCUCCUCUGGGUCUCUGACUGCUCCCUCCUGCUAUCUGUCAUUGGGUCAAAAUGUUGUGUCCACUCUCUCUCCUGCUCUGUAA